AUGGUGAAACUAACGGCCACAUUCUGCAAUGGGUACGUGCUGCUGCUGUGCGUCUUCUUUGUGGAAGACUGCAUUUCCUCUGACAAUCCAGCCCUUCUCAAGGACCCGAGCAUGGACGCCCCGGAUGAUGCUGUGCUGCGCCUGGUGGAGGAGUGCGUGGAGGAGUGCAUCGCUGCCAGCAACUCUGGUGCCCUCAAGGACCCGAGCAUGGACGCCCCGGAUGAUGCUGUGCUGCGCCUGGCCCAGCUGGCCCUCUCCUGCACCGCCGAGCGCACUGCCAGCCGGCCCGACAUGUCGUACGUUGCCAGCGAGCUGCAGGGAAUCAGGCACGAGGUGGUGGGGAAGGAGGAGCACAGUGCCGCGGUCAAGGUGGAUGAGAUGGCAAAGGAGAGGCGGAUUGGGAUGUCGCUGAGGAAAAGCUUGGGUGCGGAGCUGGAAGCCAUUGUGAGCAUGGAUGAGGAAGAAGAAGAGUCUAAUGGGGAGCAAGCAGGCAAGACCAUUCAGUGA